AUGAAGUUGUCUGUACUCGCUUUUUUGUUGGUCGCAUUGUUCGCCAUGUUGGCCCAGGCCGAUUUGCAAGACGAGAUUGACCAAGCUAUGAAGAAGUUCUGUGGCGGUAUCAAGGUCACCAAACCAAGCAAGAACCAAGUCUUCAGCAACCCAAAGAAAGUCAAAGUCACUGUCACCCGUCAACCCGAUGCACAAGCCAAAGUGAUCAACGGCAUUGAUAUCUAUAGCAUUGAUUCCAAGGGCAAGGCUACUUACCUCGGUACUCCCUGGAAGGGUUCUUACUCGCUCAACAAGGUGGCUACUUUGACUGUUGACUUGACCAAGGCUCCCAAGGUUAAAUUCCCCUCGCAAUUCGAAUUCCGCGUUUGGGUUCACAACAAGGCCGGUCCUGACUGCACUUUGAUGUCCAAGGUGUUCAAGGUCAAGUCUUCUUCUCACUCGAAUGCCGCUGAAGAUGAAGCUAUCGCCAACAUGGAUUCCAACAUUGACAACGGUUGCUUUGGUAUUGAUAUUUCCAAGCCUGCUCUCGGUGAACACGUUUCUGCUUCCAAGAAGUUUGCUGUCCAAGUUGAUCGUGAUGGUGCUUCCCAAGUGGAAACUAUCACCGGCUUGGAACUCUUCAGAGUCGACUUGGAUAGCCGUGAGCCUGUCAAGGUCAAGGAUUCUUGGUCUGACAAGUCUUCCCUUCGCCACUCGUUCAACUUCAAGGAGAAGGUCGUUAACCCCGAAAGCAACUCUGCCUACUUUUACAAGGUCACUGGUACCACCGAGGACAACGACGAAUGCCACUUUUUCUCCCAUCCCUUCUACGUGGAUGCUUAA